AUUGAACUGUUUCUAAUAUUACUAUUUUUGCUUUUUGCUAUCGGUCUAGCUGCAUUUUGCAUCGUGUGGUUCUUUAUCCUGGGCGCAAUGCGUCCGAUUUUCGGCUCCAACAAAAUCCGUGCAUGGAAGACUUACCUGGUUGGUUUGUUUUUGAGAAUGCUGCGCUUCUUGUGUUGUGACUUUGAACUCAGAUUGAGUGGAGAUAUGGAUAAGAUAAGAGCAACAAAGAACAGGAAAUCCAUUUACUUACAAAAUCAUCAAACCGAAAUGGACUGGCUGUAUGCCCAGUAUAUCUACCAAGCCUUUGGCAAAGAGGGAUGCUUUUCCGCCAUCAUGAAGGGUUCUUUGAGCUCCAUUCCCGUGAUCGGCUACGCGAUCCGCGAUGUCAACAUGUGCUUCCUGGACCGGAACUGGGAAAAGGACCGCCACAACCUGGACGUGUUCAUCGAGAACUUCAUCUCCGCUGCCAGCCCCAUUUCCGUUCUGCUCUGCCCGGAAGGGACCACUCUGACCCAGGAAACCUACGAGCGCUCGCAGCGGUACGCGAAGAAGGUGGAUCGUCCUUGCCUGGAGCAUUUGCUGCUGCCUCGCUCGACCGGGCUCGCUUAUCUCGUCAAGAACCUCGCCGAUGAGACCAAGCGGAGCGGCGAGGAGUUCUACAUCUACGAUACGAUGAUGCAGUUCGACGGCUACCGCGGCGAAAUCUGCGAUAACCACUAUCACCGCUCGCGCGACCUCGAUUUCCCGACGAUGCUGAGCACGCUCUACGGCGCGCUGCUGCGUAAGCGCAUCGUGUGCCACCUUCACGUCCGUGUGGUGCCUGUCUCCGAGCUGGCGGAGCCGGAUACGCCGCUGGAGGAGGUGGUGAAACGCGUGGAGAAGUGGCUGGAUGCGAGCUGGGUGGAGAAGGAAGCGCAGAUGGACUACUUCAUCGAGCAUCAGACCUUCACGGAGGACUGGAAUAACAACCUGGUGGGCGGAGGAAGGAGCGAGUGA